AUAAAUUUUUCUUAGCAUCUCUUGACGAGGCUAAAUACAACUUUAAGCCAAUUUGUUUCAUUUCUGUCAUGCCUUGGACUUUUGAAACUCUGUAGUUUUCAUUGUAUAUGAAGGUCUGAUCGAUCUUUUUUGAUACAUAAUGAAAAGAUAGGUCACCGCAAUAUUCAGUCAUAAGUUCAUAUUGUGUUCUUAUAGCUAGAUUAACAAGUUUUAUUCAUACCACAAGAGCUUGAUAUGGUAACACAGUAUUAUUAGUCAUUUGAGAUUUCGAUCCAGCCUAAUCGAGCAAAACUCCAGGCAUCCAGUUUUUGAUACGAAAAAUUAAUUUGGUUGUAAAAUAUUCAUCAAUUCCAAGCUCAAACUCGUGAAAUUCAUUUAUAAGAAUAGAUUAUUAUGCUUUAAAUAAUGUGAACAUUGUAUUUAAAUGAAAUUAAUAUAGCAAGCAACUGCGAAUUUUGUCACUGUCGAUAUCGAAGGGCAAAAAGAAUCCAUUCCUUCAUGAAAUGGGACUGUUAUAUAAGUCUGAAAUGGAAAACAGAUCAUUCCAGAAUAAAUAUUGACUGUAUUACUUUCCGCACAAACAACUUGUAUGAAGAUUGUGAAAGUGCAAGAAUCACUCUUGCAAUUCAACUUAUCGCAGUUGAGUUUCUAUAUACAAUUUAGUGUUGUUGGAAAGUCAGAGGAAACUUAAGAGAUUUGGUCUUUAUAGUGCAGUUGAAAGAGAUGUUGACAACUGAUAGUUUCCAAUUUUGACUCUGAAAUAAAAAUGUUCAAGAUCAUGUUCCUUAUUGGCUGAGCUUGAAAUUGACUGCUACUGUGCAAAAUUGAAAGUGACGUCAACUGUACGACAGGCAAUACAGGAAAAAUUCUAUCAGGAUGAUGGCAGUAUUUAAAACAAGCGAGAAAAACAGCUUACGAUGCAAAUUAUACUGGUAUCAGAUACCUAUUUAGGAGUUAGAAAAGCAAGAAGCAUGGCAGAGAACGUUUUCAUAUUAAAUCAUGCAAUAAUUGAGUAGUAUAGAAUAAUAAAUGUAGUAAAGUCUAACAUGCUGUGUUCCUGAAAAGAGGGAGAAAGGCGAAACAAGAGCUUAGAUGUCGAAAAGAGAACAUAUAGAAGAAGUUAAGGAUUUCAAAUACUUAGGGUACACAUAACAUGCAUUCUGAUCGAUUAUAUCUACUUAACUAGUAUGUAUUGGUAGCAGACGAUGGAGGCUACCUUGAGUCAGUCAGAAUCCAGCACGUUAUAUGUACCUGUUCAAGAGGAAUAAGAAAGGGAUUAGUCGUAUCAGAGAAUUGACGAGGAAAGGGAAUGUAUUGGUGUCCGAGGUUUGAUACAGAGGUAAUUUAAAGAUAGCUACUGUAGAAGAAAGAUGCUCUUUAAAUACCCAGUCGUAUCAGUAAUAAUGUAUAGCGCAAAAGUAUGGAGAUUCAAGGGACAAAAGGGGAUAGAGAAGGUCCAACUAAAUCGUACAAAGUGGACACUAGGUCCGGGCUGUAGAAGAUAAGAAUACACAUGAGAAAAAGGAUGAUAAGAUUCAAGAAGACAGCACAGAAAGCCGAUAACAAGGAACUUUUAAAUGAAUGCAUCACGUAAAGAGAAAAUGCAGCUAUGAUGGGGGUGAGGGCAAGGGAGGAGUACUUAAAUAGAAAUGGCUGGACGCAAGAGGGCAUAAAGCAAGGAGGGACAGUUGAAAGAGAAGUGUUAGAGAGAAUCGGGAGGAAAGAUGCAGACAAAUAGUUUCAGCGGUAAAGUGGAAAAAUGAAUAAGUUAAGGUAUGAUAGGAAAUAUUGGCACAUAACGACGAAGGGAAUGUCAGGCGGAAUACCUUGGUAAAUCAGUUACCAAAGAUAAAUUGAAGACUAUAGUAAGAUGGAGAUGAGGGAAUGAGGAAAAGGCUAACAAAGAUUGGAAUCCAACGUUGAAUAUUUCAUUUUAGAAACUACUAUGCAUGUAUGCAUUCCCGCAAUGUGUCGACUCCGUGGGUUUGCCACUUUGUUACGAAGACUGCAUGGCAGUACGGCAACAGUUUUGUUUGGUGAACUGGGCCAUGAUAGAAGAACAUAAAAAAAGGGCAAGCUAUAUCAGGUCCAGAGGGCAUUUCACCCUUCCAGACUGUGAGAGCUUACCCAGGAUUAGCAAAGGUCCACAAACGUGUUCAAAUGCCUCUUUAACAGACAUGAAUACUGAACUUAUCACUCGUGACUGCGUGAUAGGUAAUGGACGUUUUUACCUUGGAUUUGUAAACAAGACAAAAUCCGGACUAGAUUGUCAAUCAUGGGCCAUACAAGAGCCUCACAGUCACGAUAGACCUCCGGAUGUUUUUCCACAACUUCAAAAUGCCGAAAACUAUUGCAGAAAUGCCGGUGGGGAUGAACCGAUGCCCUGGUGCUAUACAAUGGAUCCAAAUGUUCGCUGGGAGCUCUGCGAUAUACCGAUUUGUGCCAACUCCACGGAGGUUACAAUGGAAAUUGAUCUCGAAGACUUGACGAUGGAAGCGUUUUUCACACCAAGAUUAAUACUGAUACUGUCGUCAAUAGGAUUCGUUUGUAUUCUUGUACUUCUUCUAUCGAUACUACUGUGCCAAAGACUGCAGAAACAGCAUCAUGGCUAUAAUCCUACAGAAACACAGGAAGUGAAUAUCGAUCUGGACAAAUUGCCGAGCAACGACGCUUAUCAUCACACAGGGGCACAGCUAAAUCCGAAAUUAGAGAAAUUAGAAUUUCCCAGGAACAAUAUUAUAUAUGUCAGGGACUUGGGUCAGGGAGCAUUUGGUCGUGUAUUCCAAGCAAAAGCACCAGGACUUGUGUCCGAAGAAGAAUUCACGAAUGUAGCGGUGAAAAUGUUGAAGGAUGAAGCCUCGGAUGAUUUGUUGGUAGACUUCGAGCGAGAAGCUUGUUUGCUAGCGGAGUUUGACCACCCAAAUAUCGUCAAACUACUUGGAGUCUGUGCGAUAGGGCGUCCAAUGUGUUUGCUAUUUGAGUACAUGGGGAGAGGUGAUCUGAACGAAUUUUUAAGAUCAUGUUCCCCGGGAAAUUACAUAGUUAGAAGCAUUGAAAACGACUCUUUUAGAGAUAUGAGAUUGUCUCAUAUGAAUCUUAUUAUGAUAGCCAUACAAGUUGCAUCUGGCAUGGUGUAUUUGUCGGACAGAAAAUUUGUGCAUCGUGAUCUAGCGACGAGAAAUUGUUUGAUCAAUGAUCAAAUGGUUGUUAAAAUAGCGGAUUUUGGUUUAUCGCAAAAGAUUUAUCUACAGGAUUAUUACAAGGGUGAUGAACAAGAUGCUAUUCCUGUAAGAUGGAUGCCACUUGAGAGUAUAUUGUAUAAUAAAUAUACGAUAGAGACUGAUAUUUGGGCUUUCGCUGUAUGCUUGUGGGAGAUUUUCAGUUUUGCUCUUCAACCUUACUACGGAAUGACCCACGAAGAGGUGGUUAAAUAUAUCAAAGACGGCCACGUACUUCAAUGUCCGGAUAACACACCUCAGCCAAUUUAUGAACUCAUGAAACUUUGUUGGAAUAAAAAACCUUCCGAUAGACCAACAUUUAGAAUGAUUUAUCAAACACUGAGCGGUAUAAAACAUGAUAUGGAAAUUCCGAACGACAAAUGUGGCAGCAAUUCGUUAGAUAACAAUGUUUGAAAAUAUUACAAUUUCAGUCAAUCGAUUAACACUCUCUUGUACAUUCAAUUGUAAGGUCAAUUAUAUCGGAAAAAGUCACCAAUAACAAAAAAAUCGAGACGUUUUAAGUUUCCAAAA